UUAUUUAUGAAUCGUUCGCGCAAUAUGGUUCAUUUUCUCUGAAAUCAAGCAACUGAAAGGGUGCGUUUAACGAAUAAAAUAUCAAGAUGCCGCAAAAUAAAGAAAGAGAACAUGUGAUGAACUUCUCUCCUGGACCUGCAAAGCUUCCUGACGAGGUAUUGGUGCAGGCCCAGAAAGACCUGACUAACUACGCAGGCACGGGUGUUAGUGUUAUGGAGCUCAGUCACAGGUCGAAGGACUUUGAGAGUAUCAUUCAGCGGGCAGAACAGGACCUUCGUAGCCUGCUUGACAUCCCAGAAAACUACAAGGUGUUGUUCAUGCAGGGUGGGGGUACAGGGCAGUUCUGCGCAGUACCCUGUAAUCUCAUGGACCUGAAGCCUGGUCGCACAGCUGACUACAUUGUGACUGGCUGCUGGUCUGAGAAGGCUGCCAAGGAAGCAGAGAAAUAUGGCUCCGUGAACCUUGUCCUACCAAAGACAAAGAAGUACACAGGUAUCCCCCCAGAGUCAGAAUGGAAUCUCAACCCUGAUGCUUCAUAUGUCUUUUACUGUGCCAAUGAAACUGUACAUGGUGUCGAGUUCCAGUUUAUACCAGAGACUAACGGUGUGCCUCUUGUCUGUGAUAUGUCGUCCAAUAUCCUCACUCGCCAGGUGGACAUCUCAAAGUUUGGUGUGAUAUUUGCUGGAGCCCAGAAGAACAUUGGUUGUGCCGGAUGUACCGUGAUCAUCAUUCGGGAGGAUCUUCUUGGACGAGCCUUGCCUAACAUCCCUGCAGUGUUCUGCUACAACACCAUGAACACAAACAACUCACUGUUCAAUACACCACCCACCUACAGUAUCUACAUCAUGGGCCUGGUGUUUAACUGGAAGAAGGAAAAUGGCGGUGUUGACGGUAUGGAGGAGAACUCUCUGGUCAAGUCAGGCCUCAUCUAUGACGUCAUCGACAACUCCAGUGGCUUCUAUGUGUGUCCGGUGAACAUUGACUGCCGUAGCCGGAUGAAUGUGCCGUUCCGUAUUGGGUCGGCGGAGGGCUGCGAUGUGCUGGAGAAGAAGUUUCUGGACCAGGCGGCAGAACUUGGGAUGAUACAGCUGAAGGGUCAUAGAUCGGUUGGAGGUAUACGAGUGUCCCUGUAUAACGCGGUAACAGUGGAAGAAACACAGAUCCUGGCUGACUUCAUGAAAGACUUCCUUAAUAAGCAUAGAAAUUGAUCACAUCAUGGACUUCCUGACACUUGACCAAAUCAAAUGAUGCUUUAUGUAUAUGAAUUGUGAAAAUACUCCACAAAUAAUUGCAGAAAGUAACAGAAUCAGAUAGGGCAUGAUUUGUGGGUUUUGUUUAACUGCAGUGCAAAUGUGAUAUAUUCAUACUGGUAGCAGUGUGAUUUUAUGUUUUAAUAAAUUCAGUUUUAUUCUUUAUCAGUUUAAUAAAUACUGUUUGGUAUUUAAUUAUGUAUUUUGUAGCCUUAGUUUUAUUUCUGUAUUUCUAUAAGUAAGAAAUACAGGUGUGUUUAUCAUCUCUGAGAUUUAGGGUUAUAGUUUGUUUUAGGCCAAGUAUUGGUUCAUGUUACACUUGAAACAUGUGGUAUUAACAACCACAGGUAAUCUAUUACCGAUCUUUUGUGAAUGUCAGCUAAUGUUACGCUCAUACUUAUAACAAUCUGUCGUUUGUACUUCUAAUAUACCAUCAUUACUAACUUAACUUCAAACAUCCUCUUUGGCUAUCACUUUUUGAUUUUUAAAUCAUAGCCAUCCUUUUACUCACAUAAUCUAUGUCUAGGAAUAUAUGCAUGAACAUGUAACGGCCACAGAAUGUCUUUCAGUUCUGCCUUGGCACAGUUCAUUACUUUUAAAAGAGCAACAAAAAUAUUAUUGUUUUAAUAUUUUAUCAAAUUCUUUUCAUUUGUCACUGAAUGUUUGUCCUUGAAAUGUAAAAUCAUUCACUGUCAAUAUUUGUCUUUGAAAAGUUGUGCCUUAAUGUUUAACCCAUGGUCUUGUUAGAGACCUUGACCAAUUUUUAACAGAGGAUAUGCAAGGAUAACAUUUUACUCAUCAUUACAACUUAUUAAUUUUGAAACUUCAAUGAAGCACCUUACAGAAAAAUAACUGACAGGAAACAUUAAUGUUGUAUUUUUAAUGUGAAUUUUGUUGGGGGUGAAUGCCACAAGGUGCCAAAACCUUCUACAGUUUGAUGUGGCUUGGUGCCUCUGGCACUGGGUUACCCUUUCGUAGUCUGUAGACAUUCUCAGUUGGAAAAACAUUAACAAGAAUCAAUGUGAAGGGCUUCCAUGUAGCAUAUCCGUGAAUAAAUAGAAUCUCCACUGUUGAACUGAUAUUAUCUACAUGUCGAUAUAUGAACAAAUAUCUGUAUUGUGUCCAUGAAGUAUGUAUUUUUGAAAAACUGUUAAAACUAGUCGCCAUGACCUCAUGUUUCAAUAUUCAUGCAUACAUAUACAAGUUCAUACCUGUUGUUUGUUAUAUUGUGUAUUGGUUUUGUUAUAAUUCCAAUACUGAGAAUAAAAGAUGAAAUCUUG